UGUCCCCCCUCGGGCGGCGACGCGAUGGUGUGGGCCGGCCGGGUUGUUGUGGGCUCUGGCUUUGAACGCGCCAACUUCUCCAGCGGGCAGGGCGAGCUCCAGGGCGGCGGCGAGGGCGAUUCCCAUCCGCGCCAGGUGACGUGCAGAGCUGAAAGCAUGGUUCACCAGGUCCUCUACCGGGCGCUGGUGUCCACCAAGUGGCUGGCGGAGUCCGUCCGGGCUGGCAAGCUGGGGCCUGGCCUGCGGGUGCUGGACGCGUCCUGGUACUCCCCCGGCACCCGCGAGGCCCGCAAGGAGUACUUAGAGCGCCAUGUGCCCGGCGCCUCCUUCUUUGACAUAGAGGAGUGCCGGAACGCGGCGUCGCCCUAUGAGAUGAUGCUGCCCAGCGAGGCGGGCUUCGCCGACUACGUGGGCCGCCUGGGCAUCAGCAACGACACGCACGUGGUGGUGUAUGAUGGUGACGACCUGGGCAGCUUCUACGCGCCUCGGGUCUGGUGGAUGUUUCGUGUGUUUGGCCACCGCACGGUGUCUGUGCUCAAUGGUGGCUUCCGGAACUGGCUGAAGGAGGGCCACCCGGUGACAUCUGAGCCCUCACGCCCAGAGCCGGCCAUCUUCAAAGCCACACUGGACCGCUCCCUGCUCAAGACCUACGAGCAGGUGCUGGAGAACCUGAAAUCUAAGAGGUUCCAGCUGGUGGAUUCACGUUCCCAGGGGCGGUACCUGGGAACUGAGCCAGAGCCAGACGCAGUAGGACUGGAGCCAGGCCACAUCCGAGGCUCGGUCAACAUGCCGUUCAUGGACUUCCUGACGGAGGACGGCUUCGAGAAGAGCCCAGAGGAGCUCCGUGCGAUGUUCGAGGCCAAGAAGGUGAACCUCGAGCAGCCUCUCAUUGCCACCUGCCGGAAGGGUGUCACUGCCUGCCACAUUGCCCUGGCCGCCUACCUCUGUGGCAAGCCCGACGUGGCCAUCUACGACGGCUCCUGGUCCGAGUGGUUCCGCCGGGCCCCGCCGGAGACCCGGGUGUCCCAGUGGAAGGGCGGGAAGGCCUGAGCGGUGGGCUCUCCUCCCACGGCCCGUGACUCCCGUGCUUAGUGACCCCAGCGUGACCUGCCACUGGGUCAUGCUCUCCAGCAGAGGAGACUGACACGUGGUAGGAUUGCUGUCAAGCCCCCCUUCCCCUGGCAGCACUGGAAUAAACUUGGCCUUUUCCCAGGA